GCUACAGCAGAAGCUGGUUAUGAAGACUCGGUUCAGGAGGACUUCUUGUUCGAAAGCAAAAUGUCCAUUAAUUUACAAGAUCAAAAAUAAACUGCUUUAACGUUUUGGGAAAGUAGAUAUACGCCUCAUCGUGCAAGAUUCAAUGCAGCUGGAACGACAGUAAGGAAAUGGGGCAGUGCUGAUGAUCUUCACAGGACUUCUGGGACGUGUGGAAGUGAUAGAGGAAGAUACUCACAAACCGGAGUCCGGGACCCAAUGCUUGCAACAAAGUAAACGCCUCGAAAGGCAACUAAGAUGCCUACACCAGAACUCUACCUCCACCUUCCCAUUGUCAUAAAAAGAGGAUACUUCCGACAGGUUCCUCUGAUAGUUGAUUACUUAAAAGUUGAUGUAAACGAGCGAGAUGAAGAUGGGAAGACUGCGCUGAUCCUUUGCUGUUAUAUAAUACCCGAACAGUAUGGAGUGAGCUUAGCUCAGAUGCUCAUCACAAAAGGCUGUUACUUAGAACUCUCCGAUAAAUAUGGAAUGAAUGUUCUUCAUCAUGCAUGCAUUUACGAACGCCUGAAAUUGAUCAAGGUCAUCCUCAGAGCUUUGGCAUUUUCUCCCGAUAAGAAAGAUCAUUUUGGUUGUACGGCAUUACACUAUUCAGUGAGGUCAGGAAAUGUUGAGAUCACUCAAUUGUUGACAGACUAUUUUGUUCGAUACGGAGUCGCUUUAGAUACUGUAAAUAAUGAAGGACACACACCUCUUGAUGAUGCACGCGAACAAGGAUACAAGGAAUGUGCGGAAAUAUUGAUGAACGCAGUUAAAAAAUGCACUGAUGAGCAUCCUCUAUGUACCCAGUUUGAUGAUUUAAAUAUUUCGAAAGAAGAGAUGAACAGACCUCAAAGAAUGAACCCCAAUUUAACAACCUCAACUGAAGAACCACCUAUUGCAAUAUUUCAACAGAGUCCUUCAACUUCAUUAAAUCCUAAAUCCAUGACAGAACACAAAAAGGAGACUGAAACAGUCACCGCCCCCGCUGUGACUAUUCGUGUAAGGGAAAACUCUGUAACAGGCACAAAAAGUAAACGAUAUGUAAACAUGAAGCGUAUGAAAUCAAUGUCAGAAAUAAAGCCAAAGUUUUCUGGCGACAUUAAACAACGUGAGUCGGUAUACAGAAUGUUAACGCCAAGAAGUGUUUAUGUCCUUAAUCAAAGAAGAAAACCCAAUGAAUGGAAUGUUACCAAGUUGAUAAUGGAAAAACUUAAAGAUUACCGCAAUAAUCCUGCUUAUUUCAUGAUGAAUAUUGAAAACUUGCGACAUUCAACAUCAGACAUGAAUGAAGUUAAAGAAUAUCCAGUAAUAAGUAAAAAACACAACAGCGAAAAGUGUUAUCCGUUAUAUGAAACUAGCAACGAUUGGCGAACAGAUUUGAAGAAAAUAUUUUCGCAUUAUGAAUACCAUUGUUCAUUAUCCUACAGAUCCCCAGCGUGCAAACGGGAAAUACCUUUCAUAGCAAACAUAGAAGAGUUUGUCAAAGACACCGAAACUAACAGCUUAACGGAAAAGGUUUCCCGGCGUCAGCGACGUCCAAGUAAUUUCUCCCGUACUUCUGCGUUUGCAGAUACUACGGCUCACCGGAAAAUGAAAUCUCGUCGAUCUUCUGUCAUGUCUCAGAAUUCUUCGGCUGUGAAUAAUGCAACACGCACUGGGACUACGUCUAGAGAAUAUUCGAGAACAAUUAGCAGUGAAUCUACCAGAAGUACCUCAUCGUCUCAUAAAGUCUUAUGA